UUUACCGACUAAUUUUGCUCAAAUUUAGAGCACUUAUUAUAAAACCUAGCAUGUCUGCUAUAAUAGUGUGGUUAAAAAUUAAAGGACAAUGAUGUUUCUAAAAUAAGUGGAAGGAAAAUCUUCGAACACCGCGUGUAUUUAGUCGGUUUCAGACACUUUUUGACAAUAGUACCGUGCAUGGCAUAACCUUAAAUAUAUCUGCCUGCCUCAAGUCUCUCAUUAAUUUGCUAAAAUCACGAAUAAUUAAAGAAAAUAUGUCUGUAAUCACAAGAGUUUUUGAUGCGAAGCUUAUGCGUAAUAUACCUCGAUGUUCGACAUAUUAUUCCACAAAGCCGGGCGAAGAAGAAGAAAAAGAAGGUGAAUUCAGAGUUUUGAACCUAAGAAAUCUCAGAACUAAUAUACCAAGACGGAAAUUUGUAAAACCCGACGUGCUCCCGCCCAGAAGUGAGCAAAUGAAGGUUGAUCAAGACUGGGGCAGUGUGUGGCCAGGACCUAGAACCUUCCACCCUGCAGUUGUCCCUCUCCCCAUUCGUCAAGGUUAUCCUAAAAGGGGUGAAGCACCCCCAGACAAAUUUGGAAAUGCUGAGCUUAUGAAAAUUCCCAACUUUCUGCAUUUAACACCACCUGUUAUUGCCAGACAAUGUGAAGCUCUUAAGAAGUUUUGUACACCAUGGCCUAAAGAGCUGAAGAACGACAAAAUAUGUGAGAAAUAUUUUCCUUUAGAAGUGACUUCAUCCAUGUAUUGUCAUUCAUCUGUAACUAUAAGAGAUCCAAUGGCGAGAAUUAUCACUGUCAAGUUUAGUUUGUCAGCUUUGAAGCUUGAUGCGCAUGCAAAAGACAAAUUUUUACGACUUGUCGGCGAUCGGUACGAUGAGGAGACCGAUAAAGUAACUAUUGUUACUGAUAGAUGCCCAAUGCAGAAACAAAAUUAUGACUACGCUAUGUACUUGAUUACGGCACUCUAUCAUGAAUCGAACAAUGUCGAAACUUGGGAGAAGCUUAAAUCCGAAGCUGAUAUGGAAUAUUACGAUUGGCAGAAGAAUGCUUCCAAAAAAUCAUUGGAAACUUUAUUCGGCAAGCCGUAUGAAGAGAUUCAACACGGCAAGGAAUAUGCGGGUGCUGUGGAUAAAUAUAUGAACGAAGGUGAAAGCGAAUAUACAAUUAACAACUAUGGCGAAGCGGUUAGGAGUUUAUUAGGUUUGCCCCAGAGGACGGCUGAAAAUGCAACAGUUCAAGCUGAAGAUGUUACGAAUAAAGUAAAAUAAUUAAUGUAUGUUUGAGUUUUGUAAAUAAAGUAAGAGUUACAAAUGA